CUUUUACGAAACGUGUACAUCAACAUGUGCAUUAUACAUAUACUAUUUAGAGCUUUAUUCCGCUGUGUCCGCUACAUUCUGUACAAAAUAUUGAGUUGUUUAUUUUCUCCUCUAUCGCUAUUAAGUUAUCUGUUCACAAGAAAAUGUUUUUCAAAGCCUUGUGGUUUCUUGGGUGGUUUUCUAUUGGGAACGCUUUACUAUUACUGUUUGCUUACUAAAAUACCUUUUCCUCCGUACGUGCACUACUGUUUGAUGAUGACCAUAGGUUUACUUUUAGGUAUAGGCAAUACAAUGUGUAGACAAUUGAGGUGUAUAUGCCUGCUAACUAUUCCUAUGUACUGCGGGAAGCCGGGGCGUGGCGUAUUGAAGGCGCUAGUGCUGACCUAUGUGAUUGCGGGUCCAAUAAAGAAUAUGUGUUUAAACGCGAGGGAAGUGGUUCGAGUGUUCGCCUGUAGCACACAGCUAUCGGCCAACCUGACUAAGUCGAAAUAUUACAUGUUGAGCGAGCCUUUCAAGCAAGCCAUUGUCGAUUUGGAUGUUGAUAUACUAGAACUAGUAGAUACUUUCAGGUCCUUCCAAGAAGUAACACUGCCAAUUGAACAAGAGAUUUUAGCUGAUCAGGAAAUACAUUUGAGCCGUGACUUUAACCAGGGCGUCGACUACAUACUCAGCGUUAAUCGAUCUGGAAACAUAGACGCUAAGUACGAAAUAAAGAAAAAAGACGAUAUAGAGAAAAUUUAUCAAAAGAAAUAUCUUCGGAAGCUAGAAUACCGCUGCGAAGCCAUCCUUUCUCGUGCAAUCACCAGUUGCGUGCAAACAUUCCAAGAGGGUUACGAGCAGUGUACGAACAGAGUGCCGCGAUUCGCCUCAUGGUUUCUCUGCUGGCCUAUGAAGAUUACAAGAAUUUGCAACUUCUUGAAUCACAUGGAACCUGAUGUUUGUGAUGUUAAUUGUCGUAUUGACUCCGGUUUAGGAGAAGGCUUCUUGACCCUAGAAAAAGUUAAGAGGGAAAUGAAACGUGAUGUGAAGCUCAAGGGGAGACUGAACAAGACUCAACAGGUGGAAGAUAUACAGGAUGCAAAGGAAACUGGUGAACGAGUGAUGCACGCAUUCGAAGAAAAAGACAUAGUGAUGCGUACAGUAAUUCACAUAGUGAAUAUAUUAGUUGCGCUACUCUUUCUACGCAUCAUAAUUGCAGCAGGGAGCUACCAUGACACAUACCUGACGCGAAUCGAGUUUGAUAACGUGUACAUUACUGGAUAUUUCAAGUUGAUUGACGAAAGACGAAGGAAUAAGGAACAGUUAACAUUGUUACCGCUGAAGAAAAUGGAAAGAAGGAAGUACAUAGACGUACAUUCCUUAGCAUACAAUGUAGACUGCGACAAACUAUUAGUGCAGAUUCUGAAAGUUUUAUUGGAGAUGAUAACCGCUACAACUUUUGUUAUGCUGGAUAGGCUCUUCUUCGAGGCACUGGAUGUAGUUCGGCAACAUGCCGAAAUGGACGUUGCUGAAGACGCUCACCAUGAUAUGCAGGUUGAGGUUAAGGGCACAGGUCUCCUUGCGAAGAUAAUACGCAAUGUUAUUGAAGGGGUUAAGAAGCAGCCCCGUUAUCGGAAUGCAGUGACAAAUAGACAGUGUCUGCCGGCGCCCAGUCUUAUGCCUCCUGUUUUCUUUCUCAAAAUUUAUGGAGGAUAUCUCUGGAUACAACUCUUGUUAUAUAUGAACCCUUAUACAAUGCGAUUGAGCAGACUAAUUUGCAGCUGGUACUACCGUCGUCGCGAAAAGCAGCGCAUCCUUCAUUUGUACAACGAUAUUCUUAAGAAACGUAUGAAGAUGCAGAAAACGCUCAGAAAAAAAGCCGUGCAAGUCGUACGAGCGUACUAUCUUUCAGGCGAAAACUUGCUAAGUUUACGCAUGAAGUUUCCCCAGCUACUUGGGUGGUUAAAGAUUUUCCCCGCGGCGAGAAUGAGUUGCCCGGUUUGUGGAGAGACUGAACCGAGAAAUCCACCCAACAAAGGAAAGAAAAAAUGGCACAUGUGUUAUUCAGCAAAGUGUCCAUUCAUAUACUGCACGGAGUGUUGGAAUUAUAUCGACCAACGCUGCUUGGCUUGUGACCCUGGCUUGGCCGAACUUAGCGAUGUGGAUUCUUUUUCUGACGAAGUUCAUCCUCGAUAUUGA